AUGCACCGGCGUCUCAUCCAGGCCUUCUCUGGAAUUGUUCUCCUUCUUGUGAGUACAGGACUUCUCUCCGUGAAGCGUUACAGCAUUCAGGAGAAGGCAGUUGAUGACCGAAGGCUUUCAGGGGGGACCUCCGGUCAAUGGACACAGCAGGAGAGGAUGUCGAUGGAUGUGGCAGACCUCAGCAGCGGCCGAGAGCCAGAGCGUGAAAAACUCAAGGCCCGCGUUGCACGUCCUACUGUUGCAAAAGGCCCGCUGCUUGAAGAACUCUUCAUUGCUGUGAAGACAACCCAGAAGUUCCACCAGACCAGGAUGGGUUUGCUGCUGGAUACAUGGAUAUCCCGGGUCAAAGAACAGACAUAUGUCUUCACGGAUAAAGAAGAUGACGAGCUGCAGGAGAAACUGGGUGAUCAUGUGGUAGUCACAAACUGCUCUGCAGAGCACAGCCAUCCAGCCCUUUCUUGCAAAAUGGCAGCCGAGUUUGAUGCAUUUUUAGCUAGCGAUUUGAGCUGGUUUUGCCACCUUGAUGAUGAUAAUUAUCUAAACCCGCAGGCUCUGCUGAAGCUCUUGUCUUCUUAUUCUCAAGACCAAGAUGUUUAUAUUGGGAAGCCCAGCUUGAAUAGGCCAAUUCAUGCUUCUGAAAACCUGCCUAAUAAACAGAUGAAGUCGGUGUAUUUUUGGUUUGCCACUGGAGGAGCUGGAUUCUGUAUCAGCAGGAAGCUGGCCACCAAGAUGGCUCCUUGGGCAAGUGGCAGCAACUUUCUGGCCACCUCAGAGCUCAUCCAUCUCCCAGAUGACUGCACUGUGGGUUACAUCAUUGAGUGCAAGUUAGCGGGUCGCCUGGUCCCCAGUGCCCUCUUUCACUCUCACCUGGAGAAUCUGCAGCGAAUCCAGAAUCCCCAGCUCACCAAGCAGGUCACUCUCAGCUAUGGCAUUUUUGAGAAGAAGCUCAAUGCUAUCCAACUGGCUGGUCCAUUCUCCCAGCAAGAUGAUCCUUCCAGGUUCCGAUCACUUCAUUGCCUCCUUUAUCCAGACACAUCCUGGUGCCCGCAGUCUACCAUCCAGUGA